AUGCGCGGCGCCGCCGGGUCCGCGCCGGACGGCGUGACGUUCGCCGCGCAGGACGCCGUCGCCUGGGCGCGGGACGCGGGCGCGCCGCGCUGCUCGCGCCUCCUGCUCAAGGAGGUCGUGCACCACGUCGACCCCGCGGCGCGCGCCGCGUUCUUCGCGGACGCGCGCGCUAACCGGCUCGCGGCCGGCGGCCGCGCGCUCGUCGUCACGCGGCCCCGGGUCGACAUCGACUACCCCUUCUGGGACGCGGCGCGCGACGUCUGGGCCGCGCACCAGCCGUCGGAGGCCGACCUCGCGGACGAGCUGCGCGCCGCGGGCUUCUCCGCCGUCGACGUCUCCGUCGAGGCCUACGCCAUGGAGCUGCCGCUGGAACGCUGGCUCGACCUCGUCGCCGCGCGCUUCUGGUCCACCUUCGCCCACUUCGACGACGCCGCGCUCGCCGCGGGCAUCGCCGACGUCCGCGCGCGCGCGACGCCGGACGCGGCCGGCGCGAUCCGCUUCGAGGAGCGGCUCGUGCUCAUCGACGCCCAGGUCUAA